ACGUUUCAGAACGGUCAAUUUCCAAACAAGUACAAGAGGCUGACUGGAUUGUCUUCACUCAAUGAGAAGGAACUGGGCCUUUUGAGACCCGACUUGUGGAGAUAAACCUGUGGAAUAACACGCACACUGGAAUAUAACUCAGUAUUGGUUGGGACAUCCACUUGUGAAGAGGCAGGUGCCAGAGCCAAGCUGGGGGCCAUAGAGAGCCAGACAGACAGUCCUGAUGGCAGAAACCUGGAAGGCAGUCUGCUCUGAACACGUGCUCUAGGAGCCCGCCCCGCCAGGGGCCACACUUCACGCGGAAACACUGCACAGGUGUGUGAGUCCAUGAGGUCGUCCAUGCUGGUCCUGCUCCUCAUGGUCAGUGCCCAGGCAGUGGCCACCAUGGGAGGGGACUUCUGCCCCCCGGUCUCCGCUCAGCAGCAAGGCCCUGCCCCCAAAAGGACCCCUAACUCUGCCCCCACUGUGGAUCCCAAACUGUUCACCAAGCGACGCUACCGCUCGCCCCGCGUUCUCUUCAGUGCCCAGCCGCCCGACACGGAGCCCAUGGGACGCCAGGGGUCCGGGGCCAGCAGGGCAAGGCGCAGGGUUGGUCAGCCGAAGCACCGGGGGGUGUACUCUGUGUGUGAGAGCAUCAGCGUCUGGGUAGGCAACAAGACCAAGGCCACGGAUAUAUCUGGCAACGAGGUGGAGGUGCUCCCGGACGUGAACAUUAACAACGUGAAGAAAAAGCAGUACUUUUUUGAGACCACGUGCCGUGGCGCACGUGGAGGCAGCACUGGCUGCCUGGGCAUCGAUGGGCGACACUGGAACUCCUACUGCACCAACUCGCACACUUUUGUGCGGGCGCUGACUUCCUUCAAAAACCUGGUGGCCUGGAGACUGAUCCGCAUCAACGUGGCCUGUGUCUGUGUGCUUAGCCGAAAGUCCUGGCGACAGUGACCGUACUCUCACGGGUCAUGUGGUCACUUCAGUACUGACGACAGGACCACUUGGUACUAUCAUAUGGUCACUGCAGUACUGCAGUCCCAACCCCCCACCACCUACCCACUGAAGUGCUCUGAGACUCUGCCCCACUACAGCCCUCACCUAGCCGUCUGCACAAAGUAAAUUAUUGAUUAUGAGGACUGCAAGUAUAUAAACCAACCAUUUCUUUAUCACUUGUUGUUGUUGUUUUGUUGUUGAUAUUGUUAUUUAUUAAACACCUCAGUACAUGCACUGCAUGUUGUUUGGCGUUUUUGUCUGUGUGGUGGCUGUCACAGGGACCACAUACAGCCUCACUUUGAGGUCCUUUGGUCAGCAUUUGGCUCAUGGCUUCUCUGAGAUGUAUCUCUUUUACUCCAGAACAAAUUCAGUUCUGUUUUUUCCAAUUGAGCAAUUUCAAGGCGGAUGAACAAGCCAUACCUAAAAUAAAAAGUCCCUGUGGAUAACAUUUCUCUCCACGGGCUGACUUUCCUAAAUGCCUCAAUCCGUUUGCAUCAUGGAAAGAAAUAACAUGUAGAGAAUAGCUAAGGUCCUUGUUAGCUACGAAGCCUUUAGGAAACUCACCCCAGGAAACAUAUUUUUGCCACUUUUUAUUUGACUUUUUAUUUUUAGAAGGUGUGUGUCAUGUUCAUCACCCUUGAAAGGUUUCGCGUUAGCUCCGUAGCUGAAGUAGCACUUUAAUUUCUCCCAUAUUUAGCUUUUUCACCCAUGACUAAACGCAAAUACAAUACUGACACAGACCACUGCUUUCGGGAAACUCCCCGCACACAGCGUCCCUCACACACUUUUAAUGUGGUCCAGCAGUCCUGGCUAGGUGGUCGAAAUCAAGGGAUUGGAAUCUUCUCCUGGCUGCGUAGAGCAUUUCCAUAGCCCAAACACUCAGCUGGAUAGCCAUCCAUCCACCUCCUGGCUGUGACCCCAGGACCUGGGCAGGUCGGGUGUAAACACUAAUAAAGGUCAGGUUAACCACAGGGCAAUGAGGUCACAUCUGUGAAGCGAGCUACGGCACUGGUCUUCAACCCCAAGCCUGAAAAGACCCACAUGGUCUGACUUGUUGUAAAUUUAUGCAUUGUAUAUUAUGUUUGCACGGAUAAUGAUGUAUUUAAUGUAUGUUGCAUAUGUAUUUCAUUUAUCAUUUAUUAUGUGUGGCAUAUGCAUUUAUUCAGAACUUACUCAUGGAAAAAAAAAAUUCAGCCCAGUGCUAACACAGCUGGUUCAAUGUAUUCAACUAAUCAGGAAGCCCAUGAUUACGCUCUUAGAAAAAAAGGUGCUAUCUAGAACCUAAAAGGGUUCUUCAGUUGUCCCCAUAAAAGAACCCGUUGAAGAACCCUUGUUGGUUCCAGGUAGAACACUUUUGGUUCCAAGUAGAACCAUUAUGGUUCCACAUAGAACCCUUCCCACAGAAGGUUCUACAUGGAUUCCAAAAUGUUUCUACAUUGAAACAAAAACAAUUAUUCUUUUGAAACCCUUUUUUCUAACAGUGUAGUUGAAUCAAGUGUACUCAUUGGCUGGAACAAACAUAUGCACACCUGUGGGUUUCCUGGGACUAGGACUGAAGAACACGGAUCUACAGUCUGAGAGUUUACAGAAGUCAUAGUUAGACAGUAUACUUUGAUCCCAAAGCCAGAAAUAUAAGAGCAGACCAGCAUUAGUCGUUUUCAGAGCCCUUGUUCUGUUAAUUCCAGAGGAAGUAGAGGUGAUGUUUUUGUUUACAUAACCUAAGUGACAUUGUGGUGAAGAAUGCAGACAAACUAUCGACCAAGGACGUAUUGGCUAGUUAUAUGUAUCUGAAACUACUAUUUUGGACCCAUGCUGUCUCGAUUGCAACUCCCAGUCUCCCACAUCUACUAUUAAAACUGUAUUUGGAUGAAUAGUAGGCCUACAGUGCUUAUUUUCAAAUUCACACUAAAAUGCAUUUUUAUUCCACUG